UCCAGCGCGCUGUGACGAACAGGCGGUUGUUUUCAAAAACACUGUAGCAAAAUUAGGAUUUUAACUGCAGUCGCUUGCUCUGAAGACACCCCCCUCACGUGUACGGGUUCCCCAGCUCCCCCGUGAUUGGCUGGCUUAGCCGGUGACGUAGUAGCUUCCCGUUUUGUAACCCAUUAGUUUACGCGUUAUCAAACGCGGAUUUCUCCGUGAAGACAACGAUUAAUGCUGAAAACUUGGUUCAGCUUGUGAAUUCGCAGGUCCACAGCAUGGCCCACUCCACCCUACACUGGUUCCGCAAGGGGCUCAGGCUGCAGGACAACCCGGCGCUGAUGGCUGCGUUGAGGGACUGUAAAGAACUCUACCCGGUGUUCAUCCUGGACCCGUACCUGCACAACAAGACCUGCAUGGGCCCGAACCGCUGGAGGUUCCUCAUCGGAUCCCUGAAGGAUCUGGACCUCAGCCUCAGGAAGCUCAACUCCAGGCUGUUUGUUGUGAGGGGGAAACCGGGGGAGAUGCUCCGCGAGCUCUUCAGCAGGUGGAAAAUCACAAAGCUGACGUAUGAAUACGACACAGAGCCGUACAGCCUGAGCCGCGACAAAGAAGUGGCUGCAGUGGCCCAGGAACACGGUGUUGAAGUCGUCUACAAAGUCUCUCACACACUUUAUGAUGUGGACAGGAUCAUUGAGCAAAACAACGGGAAGACUCCUCUAACGUAUAAGCGUCUACAGGAGCUGACGAGGAGCCUCGGGCCCCCGAAGAAGCCCAUCCCAGCUCCAAGCGUGGAGAACAUGCAAGACGUGAAGACACCUUGUUCAGAAAACCACGAGGGGAAGUACGGGAUCCCGACCCUGGAGGAGCUGGGCCACAACACGGCGUCUCUGCCGGAGGAGCUGUUCCCGGGGGGAGAACAGGAGGCUCUGAGGAGGCUGGACGAGCACAUGAGGCGAGCGAGUUGGGUGUGCAGCUUUGAGAAGCCCCAGACGUCUCCCAACUCCCUGAGCCCCAGCACCACGGUCCUCAGCCCGUACGUGACCUUCGGCUGCUUGUCCGCUCGCACGUUCUGGUGGAGGCUGGCGGACGUGUACCAGGGGAAGAAGCAUUCGCAGCCUCCGGUUUCCCUCCAUGGUCAGUUACUGUGGAGGGAGUUCUUCUACACAGCUAGUGUGGGGGUGCCCAACUUUAACAGGAUGGAGGGGAACCCUGUCUGCACUCAGGUGGACUGGGACACCAACUCUGAAUAUGUGGCCGCGUGGAGAGAGGCUCGGACCGGGUUCCCCUUCAUCGACGCCAUCAUGACGCAGCUGAGACAGGAGGGCUGGAUCCACCACCUGGCCAGACACGCUGUGGCCUGUUUUCUCACCAGAGGGGACCUGUGGAUCAGCUGGGAAGAAGGACAGAAGGUGUUUGAGUAUCUGUUGCUGGACGGCGACUGGGCUCUGAAUGCUGGGAACUGGCAGUGGCUCUCAGCCAGCACCUUCUUCCACCAAUACUUCAGGGUCUACUCGCCCAUUGCCUUUGGAAAGAAGACAGACAAAAAUGGAGACUACAUCAAAAAGUACCUUCCUCUUCUGAAGAAGUUCCCGGCGGAGUUCAUCUACGAGCCCUGGAAAGCUCCGCGGAGCGUCCAGCUGGCGGCAGGGUGCAUUGUGGGAAAGGACUACCCUCGCCCCAUCGUACAACACGAGGUGGUCAGCAAAGCGAACAUCGGCAGAAUGAAGGCCGCUUAUGCCAGGAGGCCGCACGACGCCGCCGAGUCCCCGAGCAAGUCGCCCAACAACAAACCAGGUGCCAAACGCAAGGUUCUGUCCGUGGCUGACAUGCUGAUGAAAAAACAAAGAAAAGAAUAACGUUUCACAAAGUUUUAUGCUGUAUUACAACGCAGGGCAUUUUAUACUGUAAAUGUAAAUAUGGCUUUUAAUUUUAGUAUUGGAUGACUGGGGAUAAAGGAGGUUUCUGUCAGGAGGGUUACGUUGUGAUCUAUAGCAAAUAAUUUUAUGGUUUAUGUACAUUUUUCUUUUUUAUUGUAGCUGAUAGUAAUAGUAAUAAUAUGACAAUUCAGGGUUUUGCAUCUAAUGAAAAUAAAAUAAUUAUGUGUGGUAAUGAAUAAACUGUCAGACAAGCAGAAAAUUACCUGCAAAAAUUU